CUUUUGGGAAUCUUUAAGGCCCAGCGAAAAAAUGGCUAUGUCAAACGGUAUACGAGUGGGCUCGAUCACAAUUGGAUGUUCGCUGUUGGUACUCACAUUCCUCUCCAUGAUUUGUGGUAUUGUCGCUAUGAGCAAAAUGAGUAACCCAAUUGCUGUUAGUAUCGGUUUAUGGGGAGUUUAUGUAAGUAUAACAUUUCACAGUGUUUUCUCUUUAACGUUCGCGUUUUUAAGUAAGUAAUUGAUUAGCGCCGGUGAAAAUCGCCCAAAACUCAAAAAUUUCAGCCUAUAUAAUUGGCGUGUACAAAUGGCAAAUUUUGGGCUUGUAGUACAAGGUAACAGUAAGUUAAUUAAUGGAAAUAAACUUUUAAUAUUCUCUAUUAUUGACUACGUUUACUCGUUAUCAGGAAUAAAAUGACGACCAAAAAUUAUUACAAUAACAAAUUAUGAUUACUUUCGUUCCAAUUAAAACUUAUUUCUGAAAGAUCGGAUCGAUAGUUUGAGAUCCUAAGACAACUAAAUGAUUUUUUUCUUGAGAUUAGUGUUUGGUUUGGUGGAGUCGCACCUUUCUCGUACGUCAUCGGUUCUUUGAAGUAAAUUUGGUAUAAAGCCAAGAACUAUUGAAUUUCUGACUUUAAACAUUAAUAGUGUAGCAAGUUACUGGUUCCUACGAGUCUUCAGAUAAUUAAGGUUUAGAGGCGAGAUAUCCCUUACCGGGAAGAAAAUGUCUCCUUAUACAUACUCACAAGCUAGCGGGCUGGACCGGUCAGUUUAAACAACAAAAUUAAACUGAAAUCAUAACACUUAAUGUCAACACGCAAUCACGCAUAUAUCUCGCCACCAGUUGCGGUUGCAUAAAGUUAUUUUAAUUAUAUAUUUUGUGUUCAAUGUAUAGACCACAGUAAGACUUUAUUUAAUUAAAUGUGUUUAUUACAUCAACAAACAACGUUUGGGAGAUUUACUCCAUCUUCAGGUAGGCCUAGAUAAGAUUACAAUUUGAAUUUAAACUAACACGCGCAUGCAUAAACCGUAAGGCAGGUUAAGCGUAAAUAUACAGAGUUAUAACUAGUGUACCCACUUUUUUGUGCGCGUGCCGGCAAGUUACUAGAUGGACGAAUCCUAUUGGAGGAAAUUGGAUGACGACUUGCUUUAACUGCUCGCAGAACUUGCCGAGCACGCGCAGUUGAUAAUUUUUUGUCCGGUCGCUUGAAAAAACUGUGUUCAUGAAAACGUAAGCUUCCGCAGUGUCACAGAAUAAGAAGGUACAGCAGAAGUGUAACUUGAGACGGUUCCUUUAUUGUUUUACGUCCACGAAAAUUUUAACUCGCUCACGCCAUCCUGGCUAGUACAACCGGAAGUUUUUAUCAGGUUUUGGUAGGUAAAAAGUGCCGGUUGUACUAGCCAGGAUGGCGUGAUUGAUGACGAAUCGCUUGUAAAAGCGCGGACAAAUACUUGCUUGAGUUACACUUCUGCUGUACCUUCUUAUCACAGAGUAGAGAUAUACAGAGACGUAACUACUGUACCCACUUUUUUGUGCGCAUGCUCGGCAAGUUACUAGAUGCAUGCAUCUGAUUGGAUGACGACCUGAUGACGACUCACUUUAAACUUGCCGAGCAUGCGCAGUUGAUCAUUUUUCGCCCGGUCGCCUGAAAAAAAGUGGCCGACAUGAUAAGGUGAUCUUCCGCAGUGUUUACAACGGUCAGUUACGUCUCUGUUAAUGUCUCUACAAUGUGUUCUUAUUCUGUGACAGUGUUUACGUCGGUCAGUUACAGUUCUGUGGUAUAAUUGUCAUGUUUCAACGUCUACUUGCUCAAGCAGUUGGCAUUGGCCAUUUUAACGUGUUUAUUUUGUUUAAUUUUAGUUUGCAAUUCCUGGAGUCUUUAGUGUCCUAGCUGGAUACAAAAAGCAGUCAAGUUUGGUAAGGAAUGCUUUCAUUCCGUAUGGCCUAUCGGCUUAUAUUAUUAUCAACCUCGUAUCCAGGGCCUUCCAGCGGUCAAAAGUCUCUGGCAUAUUACUGGGACUCAAUCGGUCUUACUGUUAUACUGACAGCGGGGAUAUUUUCUUCGUGAAAACGGCGUAACCGUCAUUUUUCUUAUAAUAUAAAAGCCUUUCGGCCAUUUUUCUUCCAAAGAUAAACAGGAGGAGUUUGUUUAGGAUUUCGUUUAAAAAAAUGAAUGAAAACUUAUAAAAGAAGCUCACAAAGGCAUCCUCCGCAGGCAUCGCCUUUAGAUUAUCGGGUAAAAUUUGCUUGCAGGCAAAAAAAAGUUGUAGCGACUUUGGAAAGUAAGUGAACCACGAGAUGCUUGAGGAGGAAGCUAGGUUAAAACUUCUUCAUGUGGGACUAAAUUUCUUCGAAAAGUUUCUUAGAAUGUUGUGAGUUAAUUGAGUACUAAACCAUGUGGUUUGCAGGAUAAAAAUUCCAAGAUGGCGGAAUGCACGCUGCUUUUGAUCCAAGAUGGCGGAAUGCACGCUGCUUUUGAUCAAACUCGAUUUAUUUCGAAAACCAAGCAAGAUGGUAGUAAUUGUAGAGGAAGUAAUUGUAGAGGAAGUUUAUAUAUCAUUUUAAAUGUUCUUUCAAUUUCAUGUUCCAUUAUAAAGACAGCUGUAGUUGGACAUUUCAGAGUUUAAAUUAUUAAAUAUAACUAGUCACGUCAAGGCCAGCUAGCUACUAGAAGCAAUUUUUGAUUGAGAGAUGUCUGAAUAUGUUCUGAAAGACUGUAUUCUCCCUUUUUCCUGCUCGAGGAAAUUUUUCUUCCAUUGCGAGUCAGCGAUUUAUUAGCUUAGGAUGCGACAGAAAAUGACAGGUAUUUAUAGACUUUAAGCAUUUUAGUUGGUGGAUUAUUUCUAGGAUUAGUUCCACCAGGGGGGGGGGGGAGCAUUAAAACCUAUCUGGCAGUAAGACCUAUCGAUGUAGCCAUUCAGAGUCCACAUCAGUUAAAGACCAUGUCAAGUCCGCAAUGACUAAUGUAAACAAAUCCUUUCUUUACAUUUUGAACUGCUAUAUUUGUAAACUAAGACAUACUAACUGAAUAUCUAACACUUUUCUGGUUCGCUAUUGUAAAUGAAUAUAAACUAGAGUACGUUUCAAUUCAAAAAAGUUCGAAAGAUCAAAAUUUGGGCAAUGUAUAUAUCUGUGGGUCCCCCGGCCCUUUGUUAUGAGCAGAACUGAUGCGCAGAACGGACUUGACAUGAGCCCAGAUGAAACAAUGAAACGAAGAUUAAAAUAUAGGGCAUUCUAUAGAAUAUUCUAUAGAAGUCAACUGAAUGUCCACUACAGGCAAUACUCAAUAGAAUAUCGCAUAGACUAUGCCAUAGAAUAGGUUCCAAUUUUUUUAGAAUAUUUCAUAGAAUAUUCUAUAGAAUUCAACUGAAUGUCCAAUAGAAUAUCCCAUAGACUAUCCCAUAGACUAUCCCAUAGAAUAGGUUCCAAAAUCCUUUAGAAUAUUUCAUAGAAUAUUCCAUAGUCAUAGAAUAUUUCAAUGUAAUAUUCUAUAGAAUAUUUUCGUAAGGGGCUUGAAAUGUUCCCUGCAGUGCCGUCGCGAGGAACUCGCUUCAGGGGGGUGUUUGGUUAAAUCUACCUGAAACUAUCCAAUUUUACCUGAAAAAUUUUUUCCGGAAAUUAUUCUCAACGAUCUCCCCCUCCGUCGCCAAAAAAUUUUCGGUCAGUGUACCAUUUUAGGGGUGGGGUAAAAGAUUUUUUCCGGACAUAUCCAAAUUUUUCGCGACAUAAAAAAUUUUCCGGAUAUCACAAAUUUUCUCCGUUUAUCAAAGAAAUUUUUCUAAAAUUAUGGAAAUUUCGUGGAUUUUCUAAAAUUUUUGUAAAUAUACCUAAUUUUUUUCUCCAAAUUGACGGUUAUUUUGGCAAAUUAACUUCCUCUGGUCCUAGGAAUUACCGGAAUUUGCGUUGAUUUAGCUGAAUAUCUUCUGCAAAUCUACCUGAAUUUACCUGAAUUUGCUCAUAUGAGAAAUCAUCAGGGGCGGGGGGUUUACACCCUCCCACCCCCCUCCCGCUCGCUACGGCCCUGGUUCCCUGUAACACGUGUGACUGCCAAACUCUCAUCCUCGUUCGACCGUAGCUUCAGACAUAUGCCAUGGCUAUUGGCUGUCCUAUACAGAACCAUACAUUCCAGAUUCACAAGAUGAUAAGCGCCAUUUGGCUUAAUAAUUUAAAUUCAAAAACUCAUUAAUAAUUCGUGAGGAAAACACAAAGAAAAAUCAUAAGCUUGUCCUAUCUUUAUAUAUGUGAAAGGGAUUCCCUUGAUUUACAUAAACUUUAACUUUGAUUUUCUCGACUAACACAACGUAUUUUUUGAAAAGUUACUUCGCCAAUGAACUUACUAAAUCGAUCGUUUUUGAAGCAAUUUAUUCGCAGUGCGUGUUUUAUCAAACAUUCGCAGUGCGUGUUUUAUCAGACCUAAAGAUAUCUUUAUAUCUGAUAAAACACUGCUGCUCAUAUUUUAAAUAGUGCAUAACAUUAUAAAAUUAGUCGUUAGUUUAGGUUAAACAUUGCUGGGCUCAUAUACCGUAUCUUUUUUUAUAUUAAUAUAGUUGGCUGUUGCACUUGGUACCCAUGUCUUGGGAAUUAUUCUCGCGAUUGUUGGAAUGUCUGCUGGAGCCGCGUUUUGGGCUACACUGGAUUCAAAUUGUAUCGAUGGUGAUAAUUCUUAUGACUUUGAUCCAAGUUACGGCACCACAAGCGACGGCUACUGUUAUUGUUUAUACGGGGGCGAAUCGUGGGGAUGUAAGUUGUUGAUUUUGUUUAUUCUCUCGACAAGUCUGAAAUUUUCCCCUAUCGGUCUUGCAGUCACGUGGAAUAUUACAAGCGAUGUUAAAAUUCAAUUGUGUCGCUCUCUAGAUGCGGUUAGUUGCUCCGAGCUGAAAACUGUUCGCGAAGCUACUGGUGCAGUCACGAUAUUCUUUGCUCUUUUUGCUAUCGUCACUUUCGUGGGAUCAAUUUAUGGCUGCAUUGGAACUUGCUGUGCACGACGGGUAAAUUAUGCUUGGUAUAGAUAUCUAUUUCAAGUAAUAUGUCAAAUCCGACUAUGAGGACUGGAUUUCAAGUCCGCGAAAUUUCAUCAAAAUACGAGGACUUGAAAUCUAGUCCAGUCCGAAUUGAAGGAUUGGAAUGACAUCUCAUACAAAUAAAUCACUACUUAAAGUGAGGUGAAUUAAUUUUAAUUCACCCAGUCAAAGACUGAAUUAAUUUUGAUCCAGUCCUAGGACUGGAUCAAUAUACUUCACCAUAUCCAGUAUUUUCAUGUGAGCAAAAUAAAGCAAUAUAUGAUUGGCUAAUUUACUCAUGAAUUAUUAAUGAGUUUGAUCCCAACCGAUGGCCUUGCCUGGCUAUUUUAAUAUUUUUCUACUACAGUCUAGUUAAUUUGACCAGAACUUCCUGGUUAAACUAACCACUGAGAUUAUGUUAGGCUAGGUGGAUAAAUAACUAUAUAUAGGGGCAACAUAAGAAAAAGUAAGAUCCCAUGAGAUAAAGUAAGCAGGAAUUUAAACAAGAAAUAUUAAGUUAACCCAAAUGGCGUUAUUUCAUGGUUAACCAGGCAAUUUUGGUUAUCGUUCCAUGUUUCGCGCACCAAUAUAAGUUAGGGUUAGGGGUUAGGUAUUGGGUACACAGCCAGAAAUCUCACAGGCCUGUCGCAAGCUGUUGAUUUUACCGGCUUGCGGCAAGUUGUCAACAAGUCGCGACAGGUCUGUUGGUUUCGUCAGGCGAUAACAGGCUUGCGGGAACAGGUCUGUCGCAAGCUGUUGACAACAGAGCCGUUGCGACUUGUUGAAACAACCCGCUACAAACCUGUUACUAACAAGAGAUAACAGGUCUGAUAGAACAACUUGCAGCAAGUCUGUUGAAAUCAACAGGUCUGCAUGUUACAACUUGUUCCAACAGACCUGUCACGAGUUGUUUUUGUCAAGUCUGCAGCAAGCUGUCCGACAACAAGUUUCAACAAGCUUGUUGUUGGGAAACAAAUCGAAAAUGUGAGUAAAGAGAAAAAUCGCACUAAAUGGACACGUCCGGCUUCACUUUCUCAUUCAAUCAUUGUCAUUGGUAGCAAUAUUAAAUCGCACAGGGGAGACUAUAAUCUAUAGUAUCUAUUCUCUGAUUAAAUGCAAAAGCCGCUGUUUUAUUUAUUUUUAAAAAGUAAUUCCGAUUUCCAAAAUCCAAUUUCCAAUUUGCUGACGUGUGCUAUCGCUAUAUUUCUUUAAUCUGAUUGGAUAAAGGCGUGUGCACACGUCAUCAUUCCUAGUUGCAAUUGGACGAAAUAUUACAAACAUAUCAAUCACGUAAUCAUGUUUAAUUGUUUAGUUGUUUUUGAAUUUUGAGCCAAACAAAAUUUCAACAACUGCCUCAAACAAAAUCAAACAAGUUCAAAGCUGUUUUGAUUUUUGAAGAAACUGUGGCAAUGAGAAUACAAGAUCUAGAGCUUAAGAAAUGAAAAAUACAUGAGCAACCGAGUGUUCACUGCAACGUUCUUCACUGUUAAUAUGAAUAUGAAAUUCGUUAUAUAAUUUCUUUCCAAUUUCAAGUGAAAUCUGCGAGCGAGGAAGACGCCUUAUUGAAGCUUUAUGUUAUGGUAUGUACUGUUUUGAAGAAAAAUAUGCAAGUAGGUUGUCAUAUUUCGGUCGUACUUAAAGACAAUUAAUUUUAAAAAUUGUUUACGAUAAGAACCUUUCUUGAAUUUGUCGUAUUUUUUCAGCUGUUUUGCUCAAAAAUUAUCUCGCAAAUUUGUUUAUAAAACUUUAUACUCAUAUAUAAAAAUUAUUUCGCAAGUUUGUUUAUAAAACUUUAUAUUCAUAUAUAAAAAUUAUUUCGCAAGUUUGUUUAUAAAACUUUAUAUUCAUAUAUAACAAUUAUCUCGCAAGUUUGUUUAUAAAACUUUAUAUUCAUAUAUAUAAAAAUUAUCUCGCAAGUUUGUUUAUAAAACUUUAUAUUUCAAACUUCUAUUUCACGAAACACUACAACCGAAAUAUGGCAACCUGUUUGGCCGUUUUUUGUUCAAAAUAGUGGAUACACAAGCUUCAUAAGGCGCUUUCCUCGGUUUGCAACAGGUCUGUCGCAAGUUGUUGAAAACAGCAUUGCUGCAGCUCUGUGUCAACAACUUGCGACAGGCCUGUUGAAAACAGCAUUGCUGCAGCUCUGUCACAACAGCUUGUAACAGACCUGUUGAAAACAGCAUUGCAGCAGCUCUGUCACAACAGCUUGUAACAGACCUGUUGAAAACAGCAUUGCAGCAGCUCUGUCACAACAGCUUGUAACAGACCUGUUGACAGGCCGUUGCAGGUCUGUCAGAACAGACAGGUACAAGGCGAGCGAACGCAUCCAGAUAUCGGCUUGUUGACAACAGGAUUUAACAGAUCUGUUGCAGAUCUGUUCCGACUUGCGCGUUUCUGGCUGUGUAUUAGGGGUUAGGUAUUAGGGGUAAGGUAUUAGGGGUUAGCUAUUAGGGGUUAGGUAUUAGGAGUUAGGUUAGGGUUAGGUUUAAGGUUAGGGUGUGUAUAUAUGUGUAUGGAGGUAUCCAGUUAAUUUAACUUUUCAGUACACGUACACAGUACACUAUAAUAUCCAUUACAUAACGUUUACUAUAUUGGUGCGCAAAACAUGGAACGAUUACCGCAAUUUUAACCAGAGUGGUUUCAAAGUGUAAAUAGAAGAAAUAAGAUCCUUCACAAAAAUAGCAUAUCUUUGUUCUUAAUAGGAACCUGCAACUAUUGUCGUCACAACAGGUCAACAACCAAAUACAAUAAUGAUUACCGCACAAGCACACUCGGCUUCCAACCAGCAGCCACCACCAAAUACAGUGGUGAUGACCACACAAGCAUACCCGGCCUACAGCCAAGUCAGCCAAGAGCCACCACCUUAUGAUCCACUUGCUGGUCAAGGCCAAAUGGUCGUCGAUAGCAAAGCUUGUUGAUUGCAUUUUUCACAUAUAAUUACCAUAGCUAUGUAGGUCGAAUAAUGUAUUACUAAAGGCCUAUAUUUGCACGAACAAUUAUGUAUUGAAUAUUGAUAGAACUGAAUCAGUUAACUAUUAUGUAGUUCAGUAUAAGUUUCAUUUGUGCACAAUGAAAUUAAGGGGGGAAUGUUUUGUAUGUUACGUAACACGUGCUCAAAACUAAUGAAUAUACUUCUCCACUCGGUUAUGACUAGUUUAAUUUUUUAAAUUUUUGAUACGUUUCUCUAGCGGCAAACAAACUUAAAAAGCAUGUUUAGUGCUCUAUCUGUAAAAUUAUGCUAAAAUUAAGACAUUUAAGAUGGUACGCCAAAGAGAAAAUGAUGCCCUGGGCUGAUAUGUCUUCAAAUUGUGCCAGCAGUGAUACUAAUACAACAUACAUCAUUCGCAACCAUCACUGCAUGUUAUUGGCAGAUUACGACGACAAAUUACGGGAGUGUAAGUUUUUGAUUUUAUUUAUUCUCUCGAGUUAUUUUAUUUCACCUUGCAAGUCCAAAUUUUUCCCAACCUCAUUGCCAGGGUUUGUUGAAUUUCGCCCUAUAUUCACGUCUUGCAGUCACGCGGGACAAAAAGCUGGCACGACUACAAUCUUGGACAUAACUGGUUGAGACUAUUUCCCCCCUAUAGAAAAUUCACAUAUUUUUUUGAUAAACUCCAUGUUGAAUCAUGUUGCCCUUCCUAAGUCCCCGUUCCCCCAACUCAAUGUUGAUCGAGCUUGUGUCAUGGUAUAUUACCAAAAGUUGUUUCGGUGGUGUUCGCAACAUUGAACUGGGGGGGGGGGAGACAAAAUUUGUUUUGUCAAUGUUCAACAACUUUG